UGCGGCCGGGGCUCGGCCCCGCUCCGUCCCGCGGCGCAGGCAGCCGGGCCGCUGCCGGGGCCGCCGCCCGGGCCGGGGUCGCAGUCCGGGGCGCCCCUGCGCCGGCCCGCCGCCAUGGCCCGCUUCUCGGCGUUUCUCAACCCCGUCCUGGUGCUCUUCAGCUGCGACCUCUGCCUUGUGCGAGCCAAAACAUGGGACUUCCCUGCCAAGAACCUACUCUGUGCCCAGGCUGAGCAGGAGCACGUCAUGCCAGUCAGCCCUGCUUCUGCUAGUGCUGGAGCUGAAUGAAGUAAACUUUCCAGCAGAUGAACAUCUGAGCAGCAGUGAAGACAGGCCACCGUCCCCUGUCAACGUGACUGUGACACAACUGAAGGCAAACUCUGCCACAGUCUCCUGGGACGUCCCAGAAGGAGACGUGGUCAUCGGCUAUGCCAUCCUACAACAGCGGCAAGAUGGACAGAUGCAGCGCUUCAUCCGGGAGGUGAACACCACCAACCGGGCCUGUGUGCUGUGGGACUUGGCAGAGGAUGCUGAUUACAUCAUCCAGGUGCAGAGCAUCGGCCUGUACGGAGAGAGCCAGGCCAGUAAGCGUGUCCACUUCCGGACCCUGAAGGAGACCGACCGCCUCCCUUCCAACAGCUCCAACCAAGGUGACAUCACCAUGGAAGGGCUGGACAAAGAGAGGCAACUGCAGACAGGAGAGAUCAUCAUCAUAGUGGCUGUGCUGCUCAUGUGGGCAGCGGUGAUCGCCCUCUUCUGCAGACAGUAUGACAUCAUCAAGGACAACGACUCCAACAACAACAAGGAAAAGACAAAGCCGUCCUCAGAGCACAGCACACCAGAGCGACCGAGUGGAGGGCUGCUGCGGAGCAAGAAGAAGUCUCCCUCGGUCAAUAUAAUCGAGGUGUAAGUGCAGCACCAGCUCUACGUUUGGGGUCCUGGGCAUCCUGCCAGAGCCAAAGCAGGCCUUGAAAGAGGAGGCAGCACCAGGUGCCCAGGCUGGAACUCUGCAUGCGAAGAUCCGCGUAUCAGAACUUACGCUUUCCCGAGGGCACCUGUCCAGGGAUGUGCAUGGAGCCGGCUCCCGGCCGUGCAUGCAGUGCACAGCCCUGCCCACCCCACAUGCCUGGCCCCGCUCCCCUGCCACUGCGGAGCACAGAGCUGAGAAAGGGUGGGGGGCCACUCGACCAGCCCAGGGGAGCAGAGGGGCUGGUGCGCUGGCUUGAGGGGAGGCAACUUCCCUGCACCCUGGCUCAGCCACAGGCCUGGGUGCAACCGUGCAGCACUGGGCGCCUGCCCAGCAGGCAGAGUGGAGCAGACCUUAGUCUCAGCUGCUGUGUCUGGGCUCGGAGGGCUGCCUGUGGAGGGUGAGAGCUGCUCCCCUUUUGGCCCCGAGACUGAGGGGAUGGGGCAGUGCAGGCAUUUGCCCCAGUGCCGCUGUGGCCGGGUGGCAGGCGGGUUUGUCUGUGGGGCUGGGGCCCAGUGAGCACCGCUGAAGAGUGGAUCCCUGCUGGAGAACAGGGCUCCACUGCACCCCAUCGUUGCCAUGCAGGGGCUUCAAGGCCUCUCCCUGCUGCAGGGGACAGAGACACGUGCAAACAAAAGGAGCUGGUGUUGCUGCAGCACCUUGCUGGGCUGCAGAGUGUGCAGCCAGGGUGGGGAGUGCUGACAGGAGCCAUUCUGUGGGGUGAUGAGCCCCACAGAGCUGUGGGAGCAGGCAGUGCCAGGGCACAGCCGUGGCUUUGCCAUUUUCCUGGUAGGGCUCAGUCCUGACGCAUUUAGGCUGUUUGUGGGGGAACUGUCGAGCACUCUGUGAGCAGUGCAAUGCCUGUGCUGCCAAGAGACACUGCGGUGGGGCCCAGCAAGGUCUCAGUGGGUUUGGCAGGAUGUGUGCUGCAGAGCUCAUCACCACGCUGGGGGCAACCCUAGCCUCAACACCACCACAUCCCACUCGUAGCUCCUUAUGUCUUGGGGUAUGACCACUGCUGAUGCUCCUGCUCCUGAGGCUGGCCUGCACCAGGUUGGCUGAUGUGAUACAGACCUGUUGGAAAGGGCUGGUCCUGAAUGCCCAGAGCUGGCUGACCACUGGCUCGCUGCUACAUGCCCAGUCUGCCUGCUUGUGUGAAGACAACAUGAGCCAUGAACCAUCCUGGGGCUGGUGAAGUGGUGAUGUCUGGCCUGUGCUUGUUCGCUCCCCAGAGCCUGGGGGCAGAAGUCUCUUGCUGGGUCUCUGCAUUGCUCUGUGUCCGAGGUUGAGGCCGGGCCCAGGCAUGCCCUCUUGCCAGUGGUGGGAUGGAACAGGGUGAUAUGAGGAGGUGCUCUGCUGCAGAGAUGGCAGCUGCUGCCCUGGCUGCUGCUCUCCCUUUGUGCUCUGCUCUGUGGCCUGUCACUGAGCUAGGAUGCUGGCUCUGCAGCCCUGGACUCUAGCAUCACAGGAUCCAGCGUCUUCCAAGAAUAACCACCCAGUAAAGCACUUUCAGGACUCUUCCUUCUAGGUGCUGCUCAGCUUCUGCUGCAGGAUUAGGUGGGGAAGGGACAGGAAAAGCAACUCCCUGUGGCAAGGUCUUUUCAAUAAAAGCAUCCUGGCUCAAAGA